AUGGGAAAUCAAGGAAAAUUCGAUGAAGCGAAAGCUUACGCCCAGCAAGGGGAGCUGUUUUUUGACGACGGGAGAGAACUUGAGCUAUUGGAUUAUAUUCUAUCACGAGACGACAUUGAUGACAUUCGAGGAUCACCCCGCAAAGUUCUUGCAGCGAUUGACACCUUUGGAAGACAAAGAUAUCUCAUGAACGUGGGAGAAUGCAAAGGCAAUAUCGUCGCGGAAUUAAUCUCCGAUACUAAGCCAGAAAUCAUGGCUAAUUGUGCCCAGGUUGAGCUGGGCGCCUACGUUGGCUAUUCGGCCAUUCUAUUUGCGGAUGCUGUCAGGGCUGCCGGGGGAAAGCAAUACUUUUGUCUCGAACACAACCCUCAGUUUGCAGCAAUCACGAACAAGCUUACCGAUCUCGCAGGGCUGGGAAGCUUUGUUACUGUCCUCGUCGGGGAUAGUAGCGAUUUACUCGUUGAAUUGAAGACUACCAGCGCCGUCACGCAGAUUGAUGUACUAUUCCUAGACCAUCACAAACCAUUGUAUCUGCGCGACUUGAAACUUUGUGAGGAGCUUGGUUUCAUCAAACCUGGGGCCAUCAUUGUCGCAGACAAUGUUAUCAAGCCAGGUAACCCCCCGUAUCUCGGGUAUGUGAGAAGCUCAGUUGAUCAAAAGAAGCAGCUUCUGUCGGCACACAUAGCAGCAAAGAGCGUCAGAGAUGUGCCCGGCGGAGGGACUGAAACAUUCAGCAGCAUGGCAGGUGAAGCUCGAGGCAACCCCGGACUUGUGUACGAAAGUCAGCUUGUCAAGAGUGUUGAGCCAACAGGCAUUCCGCGUCACCAACGGCCCACCAGGCAGAAGGACAGCAGCGAGUCCUCCCACGUCGAGCUUGCCAAGUUAAACAAUACCAUGGCAGACUCAGCAAUUAGCCAUGGCUUCAAAAAUCUCUUUCUUCUCUUCCUCAGUAUUCUUAUCCUGCCUUUCAGCACCAUAGCUGUGUUAAUCGCAACCUGUUUGCCCUCAUUUCACCACGAUCGCGAAACCAGGGCGACGGAUCCCAAAACGAUACUCGUGACUGGUGUGUCCAUGUCCAAAGGCUUGGCCAUUGCUCGUCAUCUGCAUCGUCAAGGCCAUACCGUUAUUGGCGCAGAUUGCCAUCGCCUGUCUGCCGGUCGAGUCUCCAGAGCGAUUCGCACAUUCCAUGUUCUUCCGAAGCUCCAGCAUGGCGCUGUUACUGGCGCAACGGAGAUGGAUCCUUACACAGCUCGGCUCUUACACAUUGUUCUUACCGAGCACAUCGAUCUUUGGAUUUCCGCAUCAGACGUAAAUGGUGCUAUACAAGACGGCUUGGCGAAGGAAGCCGUUGAAAAUUUCACCCCGGCCAAGGUGAUACAACUAGGGCAUAAAGAGGUUGCUACCUUGGACGACAAAUCUACAUUUAUAGAAUACGUCAAAUUUCUCGGCCUUCUUGUCCCCGACACGCAAUACGUUGGCAGCAGGGCUGAAUUGGAGUCUUUCCUCCGCGCAAGGCAGGGACUUUCGUUGUCAUCGAGAGGGAAACAAUAUCUCGUUAAGCCAAUUGGAGUCAACGAUGUUGCUCGGUUCAGCAUGCCGCUCCUGCCUUGCCUAACAGAAAAGGAGACAAUGGCUCGAAUUGAUGCAAUAUCUUUUAAAUCGGGAUCUAACUUUAUCGUUCAGGAGUACAUUAGAGGUGAUGAAUUCUGUACUCACUCUCUGGUCAUCAAAGGAAAUGUGAGGGCUUUCGUUGCAUGUCCGUCGUCAGAGCUGUUGAUGCAUUACACAGCUCUCCCUCACCAGUCAACUCUAAGCAACGCCAUGUUAGACUUCACCAGGAGGGUAGUUGAAGCAAAUGGCAAGAGCUGGACGGGACAUUUGAGCUUUGAUUUCAUAGUCCCCUACAAGCAUGACAAUGAUAGAAUCUCGGCAACGCCCAGAGUUUAUCCUAUCGAAUGCAACCCACGGGCUCACACAGCAGUUUUGCUCUUCAAUCAAACAUCAGAACUAGCCGACGAGUAUCUUUCGGUCCUGAAUGACGGUGGUGGUCACCGAGAAUCUCCAAUUUACCCGAUGCAGCCUCAGAAAGUAUACUGGAUAGGCCAAGACCUAGUUGAACAGGUCUUGUAUCCAGCUUUGGAGAUCUUGUUGCUUCAUACAAGAUCGUUUUAUCAGUUUGCGAAAGGACUCUCAGAAUUUAGAGAGCACGUUAUUGGCUGGAAAGAUGGCGUAUUCGAGUUGUGGGAUCCGUUUCCUUUCUGGUGGCUCUACCAUAUUCAGUGGCCGGUAAUCUUCUUGAAACACCUGUUCAAGGGCCGAUGGCAUAGGGCAAAUGUUAGCACGGGGAAGCUUUUCAGAUCUACUUAG